UUAAAUCACCAUAGUAAAUAGUUUCUAUACUUACUAUAUACCUAGUUGUAAAUUAAUUGUAAUAAGCAUAUUUUAGUGUUAUACGUUUACUAUACGUUAAUAUUAUCUAGGUACUAAUAUUUUACUAUUCGAGUGGAGGAGUGAAUUACAGAAUUAAUAUCUUUGGAGUGAACUUACCCAGGUAAUAUCAAAUUAUAAAAAUGCCUAAACCUAAGAAAGAAACUGUGAAAGAUAAAAAACCAUGUACAUCAAAAAAGACUGCUUCUAAAAAACUUAAAAAACCUCCUUUUAAAUUUAAUAUACAUGAAAUUGUUAAAAAGAGGCGAUUAGAAGGAAAGCUUUUGGAACAAACUGCUAAACUCAGAACUAACCUUGAGGAAGAGAUUGAAGUUAUUGAUGAAUUGUAUCAAGAAAAACUUCAUCCAACUACUGAUUUUGAAGAAAAUGACAAACUUCCUCUUGUUUCUACACAUUUUGAUCCUGUCAGCUUCUCUAAUUAUAAUAUACCCUUUAAAAACAACUCAGAUUCUGAUUUAACAAAAUUGUGUAUACAACGCUUACACAUUAUGUCAAUUGAAAGAAAUGAACUUGAAGCCAACAUUCAUUUUAACCAUUUGAUGAGAGCAAAUUGGUCACCAGUAUUUGAUAAUGUCCAAAAUAUUUUAUGCAAAUGGCGAGCUGAUUUGGAUACUCUAACUAAUGGUCGAUCAAUUGAGUAUCAAGUAAAAGAUUAUAAUAACAUAGAACGGCACAAUUUUGAAUUAAUAAUAAAUUUCAUAUCUCAUUGUGUAUUGAAAAACAAUAAGAAAUUUAGUGUUGAAGAACUACUAAUAAUAGCCAAGCAUACUGUUACAAUAUACUUUCACCUUUGUAGACAAAUGAUAAAUGUGUUAAAACGAUUAUUUAGUGCUUGUAUCAAAACGGCAUUAGAAGAAACCAAUAGUCUCGCUAUUAUGAAAUUUGCUCAAGAAUUGUAUUCAGAAUACAAUAAAAACGAUUUAUUGAAUAUGACGGUUGAUUUAUUUCUGCCUUUGGAAGGGAAAAUAAUGGAAAAAAUAUAUUCCUAUUUAACACAUAAACUAUACAAAUCUCUUCUAGGAAAGACUGACAAUGAGAAUACAUUACCAUCCAGCAUCAGAGAAUGGUUCGUACAAGAUUUGGUAGAUAAGAAUUAUUUCAAAAAAAGUCCAAAGAAAGUAUUGUUUAGUGUUGUUCAAUUGUUGGAACAUGUUGUAUUUAUAUUUGAUUUAUACAAAGAAGAAGAAAAACUACAAGACAUGUAUAACUUUCUGAAUGCUGCAAUCAAACCAAGUGGAUUGUCAGAUUCUAUGAAACUCAUUAAUAUAUUAGACCAAUGGAGGUUGCGGUUAUUCCGUUUUUAUGUCAACCGCCAAGCUGAUUGUAAGCUUGUAAACAAUUACACUACUAAUGAAUAAGUAUUAAUUUAUAAGCAAAUCUUAAGUAUUAUCCAUUUUAUAGUUUAUUUUCUGUAUACAAAAUGCA